AUGGCGCCUGAAUUGAACGGACCAGUUAUCGGAUCGCGAAUCGCCCCUACACACGAUGUUGCGUUUCCAGCUCCGUUGGUCGAGGUUUCAGGACUUCCGAAUGGAUUUCCUGCCAUGCUUGACUCGCCUUUAGCAUGGUCAGGAAGACAGUUCAAAAGAGAUUCAGACUAUGUGUUCCGCCUUGAAGAGCCACACUUGAUUGAGAUCGAUCAGGCACUCCAGGAGUUCAAGAAGCUUGGCUUGGACGGAGACUUGGUUUCGACUCAAAACUUUGCCCUACCCACUCUUGGCCUAAAGCUCCUCGACUUGCAACGGGAUAUAUAUUGUGGUAAAGGGUUCGGCCUUGUCCGUGGUUUAGAUCCUCAGCGAUAUUCGGUUGAAGAUUUGACCACCAUCUAUAUGGGAAUCCAGUGCUACAUAGCAAACCUUCAAGGAAGACAAGACAAGAAGGGAAACAUGCUCGUUCACAUCAUAGCGGACAAUUCAACCAAAAUGAAGGCCUUGCACCAUCGCCAUUCGACUGCACCUAUUACCUUUCACAACGAAGAAGCUGGAGAUAUUAUAAGCUGGCUUACCAGGAGUACUGCGGUCUCUGGCGGAAAGUGUAUUCUUGCUUCCGUAUAUACCGUUUAUAAUGCACUUGCAGCAUCGCGCCCUGACUUGGUGCGCGUCCUUGCACGGUCUGACUGGCCAUUUGCAUUGCCACGGUUUCAAUGCCGUCCCGUCCUAUUCUACCAUGACCGUAGGAUUAUUUCCAACUUUGGUAGAGCCGCCUUGCUAGGCAGCGCAAGCCACGUCCGACCAGACCGACUCCCCAAGCUCAACAGUAUCCAGAUUGAGGCUCUAGAUGCCAUUGAGAGAAUUGCACAAGCAACGCAACUCGAAAUCACUACACAGGCCGGAGACAUUCACUUUAUUAACAAUCUGGCUGUCCUUCACCGGCGCGAAGGUUUUACCAACGGAAGCUCCACGAUAGAGAAGCGCCAUCUAGUACGAAUGAGGCUUCGUGAUUCUGAGAUGGGAUGGAGUAUCCCGAACGAGCUGAAGGACGAAUGGGUAGAGACCUUUGACCCGAAACUAAACCGCGUGUGGCAUCUCGAGUCGAUGCCAGACGGCUUCUUCCCUUUGCGAUCGCAAGCAAACUGA